AUGGCCCUUGCAGCAGACCAACAGGCAGACCCCCGCGGAACCGGCCUGCGUGGCCGUGGGCGCCGAUGGCCUCCACGAAUUCUGGAAUUUAUCAGCUUGGCUGUAGGGCUGAUCAGCAUUCGGGGAGUGGACUCUGGCCUGUACCUAGGAAUGAAUGAGCGAGGAGAGCUCUAUGGAUCGAAGAAACUCACCCGAGAAUGUGUUUUCCGGGAACAAUUUGAAGAAAACUGGUACAACACCUAUGCCUCCACCUUGUACAAACACUCGGACUCGGAAAGACAGUAUUAUGUGGCCCUAAAUAAAGACGGUUCACCCCGGGAGGGAUACAGGACUAAACGACACCAGAAAUUCACUCACUUUUUACCCAGGCCAGUAGAUCCUUCUAAGUUGCCCUCCAUGUCCAGAGACCUCUUCCGCUAUAGGUAA